UACAAACAUUCAACACUAUCUAAUCUAGUACAGAUGCAAGUCAAACGAAGUAUUGUAGAUGAUUAUAUUUUAGAAGCCCUCGAAAAGGUUAUUUGCAUUGUGUCAAAGGAGGCUGGAUAUGAAGCGGUACAACCACAAUCUUUAGAACUCUUUUCCAAUAUACUAGGAGCUUAUAUUGACAAUAUGCUGACAACAGCUCAUCGACAAGCAGAAUUAGGUAACAGAGCAAGACCAAAUAUACACGAUAUUACCAGAUCAGCUCAGAAAGCAGGCACAGAUCUGUCCAUAUUCAAACACUACCUGCAAACGAAACUGAACGAUACCCCAACCUUAAAGAGAACCAAGAAGUUUUUUAAAGCUCUUAAACAAGAAUCAACUGUCGAAAAUGUUCCCGAAUUCCUACCCUCAGACAAUGAGAAUUCAGACAAUGAAGAUGAAAGUACGAGGGAAGAUGGUGAAGAAGGCAGCUUACCAGCAUAUGUACCACGUCACUUUCCUCCAUUCCCCAGUAAACAUUCAUUUCAACAGACACCUAUAUAUAUUGAUAGACCUGACGAUCCACAAAAAGUGAGAGAGUUAAAUUCUGAACAAUCACGUACUGUGGAGGAGAAUUUGAAGAAACUCAUGUCUGCAGAAAACCAGCUUUUGAGACGUCAACAAAAAAGCAACCCAAAUGCAAUGAUAAUAGAUAAUGAUUAUGCUGAGCACUCAGCAAUCCAAUAUGAGGAGGAAAAAGAUGUUAGCAUACCACUUGUCAAUUAUGAGACCUUUAUGCAAAGAAGAAAAAGGCAGAAACAAUCAGGCACAACACUAAAUGUUGUUGAGCGAACAGCACUACCAGCAACAACAAUAACAAAAUCGUCCUCGGAAGGAAUAGAUACUGUUAUGGAAGAAAGGGACAGUAGAAAUGGUGCUAAUGCUACACUUCUCGAUAAUAUCAAUAGCAAUAGUAGUAGCAGCAAAGUAUUGCCAAUAGAGUCGACACAGAGUCCUUCAAAGAACUAACACUUGAACCUUUGGCAUUUAUAAUGAAUAAAGUACUUACUCUCUAUACCAAACAUAAAACUGGAAAA